UGCCAGCCUCUAAACUCAGGGCAACAGCAACGCAGUGAAGAGCAUCACCCAGCAGCAUGUCAGAGCUUUAGGACUUCUUCUUCACUUCUUUUCUAGUCUGAUACAGAUCGAGUUUUACCAUGGAGCUAGGAAGAGUUCAUCUGAAUCUGAAGACCGUGCUGCUGACUGUGAUGAUGUUCAAAUGGGGGAUCUUCUGCAGCGCCACAUCAGACAAAUGUUUGUCUGCUCCCUGCCACAAUGGAGGCACCUGUGUGGACACCAUGGACGACUACGCCUGCAUCUGUGCCAGAGACGGGGUCCGAUACAUGGGCAAAAACUGUGACGAACUCUAUGAUGCCUGCUCCUUUGCACCGUGUGAGGACUGCACCAGCAUCCCUGGUACCACAGAGUACCACUGUAUCUGCCCGGAUGGACUCACAGGGGAUAACUGCACAGAGGAGGUGGACGAGUGUCAGAGCAACCCCUGCUCUGAACCCCACUCCAUGUGUGUGGACCAGCUGAACGGAUACUUCUGCAGAUGUCCUGCAGGGUUUGGAGGAGAGGACUGUGGGACACAUGUCACUGACUGCAUCGAUCAACCCUGCAGUAACAACGGGACCUGCAUACUACAACCAGAGGGCUUCGAAUGCCACUGUGCAACAGGGUUCAAGGGGAAGACCUGUGAGGAAGAUGUGAACGAGUGUUUGUCACAGCCCUGUCAGAACGGAGCCAUCUGUAUAGAUGGAGUGGCCGAGUACCACUGCUUCUGUGUGCCCGGCUUUCAGGGCUACAACUGUGAGAUCGACAUCAACGAAUGUGCGUCACGGCCCUGUGAGAACAACGCCACCUGUAUCAAUGAGAAGGACCACUACAAGUGUGAGUGCCUGGCAGGCUUUGCAGGAGUCAACUGUGAAAUUGAAAUAGACGAGUGUGAGUCCAGCCCCUGUCGUAACGGAGCCACCUGCCACGACCUGAUCGGCACGUACUUGUGUGAAUGUCCGCCCGGGUUUGACGGCACCGACUGUGAGGUGGACGUUGAUGAGUGUGCCAGUGAGCCCUGUCAGAAUGGAGCCGUCUGUCAUGAUAUGGUGAACAGCUAUGAAUGUGACUGCAGUGACACAGGAUUCCAGGGUGACCACUGUGAGGUGGACAUCCCAGAGUGUGCCUCUGACCCCUGUCAGCAUGGUGCCACGUGUAUGGAGGGAGUCAAUGGUUACGACUGCCUCUGCUGGCCAGGUUAUGAAGGACCAAACUGUGAGACCGACAUAGAUGAGUGUGCUGAGCAGCCCUGUGAGAAUGGUGGGGACUGUUUCGAGCGCUCAGACCCGUCUCACUGGGAGCUGGACUGGGAGCUCAGCUUUGCAGAUGCAGCUGGAUACAUCUGCCAGUGUCAGCCCGGAUUUGCAGGAGAGAACUGCUCUGUCAACAUCGAUGAGUGUGAGUCUGAACCCUGCCAGAACGGAGGCACCUGUGAGGAUAAGAUCGCGGGCUACACCUGCACAUGCCCCGAUGGGUUUCUGGGUGAGCUCUGUGAGGUGAACAUUGAUGAAUGUGAGAGCCAGCCCUGUCAGAACGGUGGCUGGUGUGAGGACGGCAGGGCGUCCUACACCUGCCACUGUCCCGAGGCAGAACCAGGUGAACUUCCUUGGGGAGGAGAUCAAUGCGACGUAAAACUCCACGGCUGUGUGGACCAUGAAUGCCAGAACGGAGCCACCUGCCACCCGUGGCUGGAGGGUGGAGAACACGGCCACACCUGCUUGUGUCCUCAUGGGUUCUACGAUGAGCAGUGCUCCACGAGAACAACGUUCUCCUUCUCCACCCCUGGAUUCAUUCACAUCCAGGUGGUUCUAGAAGAAAGGACCCGCAGGGAGGUUGAGCACCGUGUUCACCAAGGUGUCGGGGUACAGCUUCGCUUCCGGACCACCAUACCCAAUAUGUUGCUCGUCUACAGAGGGGAUGUGGACAACCACCUCCUCCUGGAGAUUGUGAACGGUGGUCUUCGUGCAAAAGCCUUUUCUGAGGAGUCCGAACUGGAUGUGUCAUUUCCCGGCUUGGUUAGCGAUGGAGACUGGCGGGACGCUCAUGUGUUUGUGAAUAAAGAAGGUCUGGUUUUGAUUCUGAAAGGACCUGGUUGUGACAGGGAUGGGUGCAGAGUUAUGGAUGGUGGCACAGGCGAAUCACCUUUCCAGCCCACUGAAGCCUUCACUAACAUUUAUAUAGGUGGAGCACCAGAGGAGCUUUUGGAGAACACUGUUAGUGGUGCAGGCUUCAUUGGAUGUAUGGAAGACCUGAUGAUAGACUCAAAGCCUAUCCUACCCCAGACACUUCCAGAGGACCAAGGCCAUGAGCUGGGAUGCAGUAAGACUGAAUGGUGUAAGCCUGACCCCUGCUCUGGACAUGGACGCUGCGUGGACCUGUGGACCAGCUACCAGUGUGACUGCUACCGUCCCUUCCACAGUGAAAGCUGCUCUGAAGAGUUCCCAUCGUGGACAUACAGCCACGAGGACACAGUGAGUUUCAGUGCCUACGACGUGGGCAUGAGCCUCGGGAGCAGCUUUAACGUGUCCUUCUUCCUGAGGUCAUUAAAGCCGGACGGACUGCUGUUCCAGCUCAGGAGGCCCACGGAGGAGGAGGGGGGGGAGGUCUACUUCUCGGUCUACCUGGGGAUGGGGAGGGUGUUGGUUACUUCUCUACCUAACAGUGCCCCCCUGACUGCGCCGGUAUUUGUGACCACUGGUGAGAAGCAGCUUCUGCAGGUGGAGGUCCAACACAGGCAGGUGAUCUUUGAGCACGCAGGCCUUCGCUACGGAAUCGGAGAGAUCCCUGAAGUGAAUAUUGAGAGUGGAGAUCAGGCCUACGUAGGAGGACUUCCAGGAGGCUGGAGCUCUGAUAUGUGGGGGGGGCAUUACAAAGGUUGCCUGCAAGACUUUCGAUUAGACUCAGUACAUUUAGAUGUGGAUGCCUGGAACAGCUCGUCGGAGGAGGAAGUGUAUUUACCAAGUGAUGCUGAAAACGUGAAGGAGGGCUGUGUCAGUGAUGACACCUGCAAGACGGAGCCGUGUCAGAACGGAGGAGAGUGCACCAUCACAUUCAACGACUUCACAUGUUCCUGUCUGGAGGAAUACACCGGAAAGAUCUGUGAAAGAAGAGUGUGGUGCGUCAGUGAUCCUUGUGUCAAUGGCGGCCAUUGUGUGGACCUCGAUGAUGGAUAUGAAUGUGUGUACAACGCGACAUUUGAGAACAACCCUGUGCACUACAGUGCUGGAGGCUCCCUGGCUGAACCCGUCACUAACAUAUACAUGGAGCUGCGGACUCGGUCGGAGAACGCUGUGCUCCUGAGGGCCUCCUGGGGCUCCGACCUGCUGAUGGUGGGUCUGCUGGACUCCUCUGUACGGGUGGAGAUCCACAUAGGCAACAGUGUUGAAUCGCUGACCUUUACAGGAGUUCGUCGAGUGGCUGACGGGAGCUGGCAUCGGGUGAACAUCUCGAUGGCUGAGCAGGAUAGCGAGGCCUCUCCCUGGGUCAUCACCGUGGACGGGAUCACUGACAGCAGCAGCGUGCCGGAGCUCACCGGGAGCCUGCACUUCCUCAACGAGGAGGGUGCCACGCUGGCCAUCGCAGAGAGCUUCACUGGCUGCCUGGGCGCAGUGAGAGUGGGUGGAGUCUACCUUCCCUUUAUGAAUGACUACAAAGCCCCGCAGCCGUCUCAGUUCCAUUUAGUGGAAAAAGCAAAUAUUCAUUUAGGUUGUACCAGCGCCCCUGUGUGUGAUUCAGGUCCCUGUCUGAACGGAGCCACAUGUGAGGACCUCUUUAAUAAGUUCGGCUGUGCGUGUGACUCCGGCUGGGAGGGAGAGCAGUGUGAGACGGACACUGACGACUGUGUGUCUCAGCCCUGCGUCCACGGAAUGUGUAAGGACUACUUAGCUGGUUUCGAGUGCCGCUGCCACCAGGGAUUCGCUGGCACGCUCUGUGACGAGGAUGUGGACGAGUGUGAACAUCACGCCUGUGAACAUGGAGGCACCUGUCAGGACGGCCCAAACAUGUACACCUGUGUAUGCCCCAAGGACUACAGCGGCCCCCUCUGCCAGUGGGACUAUCCUCCAAUAGAGUGUGGUAAAGAUGUCCAGUGUGAAAAUGAUGGUGUCUGCAAUGACGGGCUGUGGGGAGCUAACUGCACGUGCAUGCCGGGUUUCACAGGCAGCAGCUGUGAAACAGAAAUCAAUGAGUGUGAGUCUAACCCCUGUCGAAACGGCGGCACCUGUUUGGACCGAUUCAACAUGUUCGUGUGUGAAUGUCCACCUGGAUACAGCGGCCCCAUCUGUGACAUGAACAAACAAGCUCAUAAACAGGGCGUCCCCUGGCUGGUGGUGGCCAUCCCGCUGCUCUGCUUCUGUGUGCUCAUACUGGUCAUCAGCUUGACCUUCAUGGUGCUCACGGCGAGGAAGAAGCGCCAGUCGGAGGGUGUGUACAGCCCCAGCGCUCAGGAGCUGGCCGGAGCUCGGCUGGAGAUGGACAGCAUGCUCAAAGUCCCGCCAGAGGAAAGACUCAUCUGAUCGGGGGGGGUCAGAGGUAAUCCGGAUCUGAGCACCGCGGGCAGGUGCACAGGACUAACUGUGAAAAUGUAGUGACUUCCUGUGAACUGAAAGACAGAUGCUGUAGGAUACAGCCCCCUGCUGGUGGAGACCAGGUACUGACCUAGUGCUGCUGCUCUGUCGUUUAACAGAAACAUGUUGAACUUUGUUCUGGAGGUGGAGUGAACAAGGAAGUACAAUCACUGUAUAUUGGUACACACUGUCUGUGGCAGGGCCUCAGCCUGCUGUAGUAGUGCAAUGACAAUGUAAGGGCUUUAUUAAGAAUCACUGCACAGCUAGAAACAUGAGCACACAAACCGCUAACUUCUGCUGUUUCCAUAGUCACAGCAUCAUGACGCAGCGGUGCUGCCGCUGGAGACUGGAUCACAGUUGUUGGGUCGCAUCAUCAGUAGAUGUUAGAGGUCCAAUCAGCAUCCAGAACAGUCCAGCUGCUCGAUGCUCGUCCAAGAACACUCAGAGUGAACCAGAGUGACUGGAAACACCGUCAGCAGUUUCUUUUUCUAGUUUUAAUUGUAACUGUCCCACGACAGAUUCAUUACACUGAUGAGUGUGUUUGACACAACACAACAGAAAUGGACUCAGUGAAAAAACACUGAUGUACAUGACACAUCGCUGCCAGUGGAGACAUCAGCUCUGUGUGGAGCGAUGAUGAAGAGGAGGCUGGAACCUUCCUCACAUUAAUACAUGAGACAAACAGAGACCUGAGCUCUGUUAAUGGCCUCAUCUGGCCCAGUCCCAAAGUCCCCCCCAAGGCCUGAACCCUGAACCCUCAGACUUAACUGAUGUCACGUGGUGAGUGAUUGAGUGCGAGGGGCUGCAAGGGCUCGAAAUGGUAUAAAGAGGAAUCAUGUUAGUGUGACGACGCCAAAACAUGCUGCGUACAAAUGUGGGUUUGUGACAUUUGCGUUCAUACCUCCUCCGUUUGUAAACAGACAAAUAAUGUUGGAAUCAGACCUGAUGAAAGCAGAUUUGUAUAUAUUUGUAUAUAUAUGCAUAUUCAUCAUCAUGCCAUCACAAAUAGCUCCACAGUUCAGGCUCUGAGUCAUCGCUGAGCUCUGUGUUUAUACUCACAUGUAAAAUUAUAUUUUCUUUGGGUUCGUUCUUAUCAUGCUUGUUUGUUAAUGGUUCUUCUUCUAUCUUCUUUUUCCCGUGUUAUGGCGGUUGUUUACAUUUUUUUUUGUAAUGCUUCUGGGUGUCAACUGGUAACCAUGGCCUUUGGUGAGGGUGGACAAUGGGACUGGGCCUUCUUCCUCUGCAGUGGUUUGAAGGACAAUCAGCUCCACCUGCUGUGUAACUGAUGUUCUGGAAAUUUGGUUGAAAUUUGGAAACAGCUAACCAGGAAACUGGAGGCUACACCGGCACAGUCUGUCCCUGUCCCAAGUAAAGGACGUUGUCACAAAACACAAAAACCUUUCUGAUGUCAAGACUGUCACAGACACGUUCUCAUCCCGUCAACAAAAAACAAUCUAGUGAACGCACAAUGUUGUGGAACAAUGAAAUAAAAGGCAGCAUGUGGUGAGUUCAUGUGUAUCAGAGGAGUGAGGACUUUUGUGUGAGGGAAGGAAGUAAACGGAGGAACAAAGGUGAAAAAGUCUAUACAAGAACACAAAACAUCUAAUGCAUACGUUACAACUUUCUUUUCAGUUUAAGAGCUAGUUGUUGUGUUAGGAACACAAACGUUUUCGUAGCCUGUUGUACAGUUUGAAUUUUAUUCUAAGUUUUAAUUGUUGUAUUUUGAGUUUUAGCACCUCACGUGCACAAAGGGACAGAGUCUGCUUGUGUUUGUCUCAGAAGCAACUUCACAUCUGUUUACAAUCGAUGAGGAACACGUGAAACCCAGACAAGUUGAAGAUGAAACAAACAGCUUCUGCAGAUGUGAAGUUGUCAGUUUGUACAGGAUGUAGGAGAGACUGCACCAAAAUAAAAGACCUACAGUAUCCUCAGCGGUACGUUUGGGAGAAAAACCCACGAAAUAUCCUGUAACACACUCUAAUGUGAAAAAUGCAAAGUACAGUAUUAGUUUUUUAAAUUCUCAUUUAAUAAGAGUUUAGGUCUUGGCUGCACUGAGUGUCACUGUUUUCUUUAUUUUGAUGUACAAAAUCCAGGCUGUUUUAUUAAUGAUGUAUUACAAACCUGCAAUAAAGUGAAAUGUUCUCAAGUGUCUCAUCUUCAAACACAUUCGCACCUGCAGCCUCGCGAGGAAACUGAAACCAUGCAGACAGUGUGUAAGAUUUAUUAAUUCACUAUGGGGAAACCAAGGCAAAUAAUUCCAUUAUAACUUCGACCCUCCACCUUGUUAACAUCCAUAUGAUGUUUUUAUAUAAUACAGACAUGAUGAGAGAAAUAAUCAACACCAUGACUGAGUGUUUCCACCUUGAACUGCAGUGCACCAAUGACAGUCUCAUAAACACAGAUUCAGACAGCCAGGGUUUCAUAUGU